AUGCCCAAUAAUCCCCCACCUAUUCCGGGAUUUUAUUACGACGAUGAAAGGGGCAGGUAUUUUGCUAUCACCAACGGAGAGAACCGGUUCAAUAAACGGUACACCAACAACGCAGUUCAGGCUCAGGAUCGCAGAAAGCGCCAGGACAGGAGGAACAAGGAACACGAGAAGAAGCUAAAGAAAAACCUUCCGUUGGCUUUAAACCGUCAAAUGACAACCCCAUACAAUGACCCUGAAGGUUCGGUCCUUGCCCUGCGCCUCGGCGAGACUCCUUUCUCCUAUCUUCCGGAAAUCGUAUCCAAACUCAAGAACUUGAAAUACUUCAAGAAAAUCGAUUAUGCCAUCCAUCCAUACGGCUUCGGCCUGAAAGGUUCCGAAAAUGAAGUUGUAUUUUACGAGCCGCUGACCAGAAAUGCAGGCACGACCCCACUACCUUUGGAAGAUUAUCCUCUCAUACCUAAAGGACAAAGCAGCACACAUGAGAGAACAACGUUCAAAGGCAUCAAAACAGACACGCUUGACUACAUCUUUUUCGAUAGUUACAUGUGCCCGUUCCAAGCUAUCAACAAUGAAGGAACUCGCUAUGAAUUGAACUGGGACCUUUUACGGACUCUAGGUGCUGUGGAUGCAUUUGAUCCAGAUGACAUUCGUAUUUAUAGCUGGACAGUGUCAGCGGAUACUGUCUACAUCUUGACAGACCGUCAAAUUUUGUUUCUACUGCUUGAGAACUUCCACCUCAAUCAGAAGCCUGCUCUGGCACUUGAUAUGCCUGUUCCCCAAGGAGAUGCCGAAGAUGCAGUUGUGGAUGAAAGUGGUCUUUCGUUUAUUCGUGGCACUCACUUAUGUUUCGUCGCUCUAGGUGACUACGUUUCUUGGGAUCUUACUAUCGAGAUCUUUCAGCACUUUAAAUACACGAGAGUUGUGGGAGACAUCACAUUUGUUACAUUUGCCUUGAUAACAAAUCAGGGUGUGAUUGUGAGGGAGUUAAUGAUAAAAGAGGGUGAUGACACACGGUGGACUGGCGAUGGUUCCAUGGUCUCACGCCAGGAACAUAACAAUCUGAUGCCAAUAGCCUUCUUAUACAAUGCCAUUUUAAUUUGUGAAGAAGAUAGAGGCAAUUUUGUGGCCAUUGACCUUAAGGAGAAGAGAAUUGAACGAUUCGAGUGUUCCGCAAUCAGGAACCUCAACCUCAGUGAGCCACAUUUUGAGGUCAUCUUCCAUGACAACAAGAUGUACCUAUCCACCGAGACAACGACAUUCGUUUUUGAGUGA